AUGGAUGUGAGGAACAUUGCUGUGGUGGUGGAAGACGUGGAUGCAGCUAGAACUGCACUACAAUGGGCACUUCACAACAUCAUUCGUUAUGGUGACAUAAUCACUCUACUUCAUGUCUACCCUUUAACAAGAUCCAAAAGCAAAAGCAAAGCACGUCUUCUUCGCCUCAAGGGCUUCCAAUUAGCACUUUCCUUCCAAGACAUUUGCAACAACUUCACCAACACAAAGGUUGAGGUUGUUGUCACGGAAGAGGACAAAGAAGGAAUGAAAAUUGUGGCCACGGUGAGAGAGAUUAGACCUUCAAUGCUUGUGGUUGGCCUUCAUGAUCAUAGUUUUCUUUACAACUUAGCAAUGGCCCAUAACAGCAUAGCUAAUUACUUCAACUGUAGAGUGCUUGCCAUUAAGCAGCCUCAUGUGUCCUGUGCAGUAGGAGUAGGAGUCCUAGACAGUUCAACCAACAUGGACUUCUCACAAAUUCACAUAACAAAAUUACAAGUUCCUGAUACCCCUCCUCCAAAAGUAAAAUACUCGCUUUGCCCUGACCCGACUGCAAUUAUUUGUAGAUUAAGGAGGUCAAGGAGAAGGAGAAGAAGAUGA